UUUAAAACCCACCUACAAAAUUUUAGCUGACAAUUUCAAGAAAACCAUGGGCAGUUUAAUUUAUCCAACACAAAACCAGCUGCUCAUUCUUUGUAUAAACCCCUCAUACAAAUCCAUUCACAGUAUAUUCCACCCUCAAAAAAAACAACUAACCAAUUCUUUCUUUCUUUCUUGCACUUUUAGCCAGCUUUUUCUUCAAAGUUUUUAACUUUUGUUCAGUGCAAAAAGAAGUCUUGGUACAUUGUGAUGUUUACUUAACCUUCUCUCAUUUUAGCCUUUUAAUUCUUGGGUUUUGAGGUACUUUAUUUUUCCUUCUGGUUUUGGUCCCAUCUAUUUUUCUUGUCCAUUUGAAUUUUGAAGUGAUAUCAUAGAAUUUUGCUUAGUGGGGUUUGCAAGAUUUUGAUUUUUUUUAAUUAUUUUGAUGGAUUCUGGUAGUAUAUAUUCAAAUAUUGGUCCUGGUAUGUUAGGACUAGAAAUGUCACUACACCAUCAAAUCCCUCAACAAAAUCCUCACCACAUGCAACAACAACAACAACACCCCACCCACCUCCAACCCCCACCCCCACCCCACCCUAUAGUUUCCUAUGGACAUCAAGAAACUGAAAACCAACAACAGCAACAGCAAUCUUUGAGACAAGGUUUGCCAUUUGGUAACAAGGCUAAAAAUCAAAGCUUGACAUUUAGUGAUGAAGAUGAUAACAACAGUGUUGAAGAUGGGAAGAGGAAUAAAACUUGUCCUUGGCAAAGAAUGAAGUGGACUGAUAAUAUGGUAAGGUUAUUAAUUAUGGUUGUUUAUUAUAUUGGUGAUGAAGUUGGUUCUGAAGUAAAUAAUAAUAAUAAUGAUACUAAUAAUAGUAAGAAAAAAGGUGGUGGUAGUGUAGGGGUUUUACAAAAAAAAGGAAAGUGGAAAUCAGUUUCAAGAGCAAUGAUGGAGAGGGGAUUUUAUGUAUCACCACAACAAUGUGAAGAUAAAUUCAAUGAUUUGAAUAAGAGGUAUAAAAGGGUUAAUGAUAUUCUUGGAAAAGGGACAGCUUGUAGAGUUGUGGAGAAUCAAAAUUUGCUUGAAACAAUGGAUCAGUUGACACAAAAAUUGAAAGAAGAAGUUAAGAAAUUGUUGAAUUCUAAGCACUUGUUUUUUAGGGAAAUGUGUGCUUAUCAUAAUAGUUGUGGUCAUAAUAACACUAGUACUGGCGGUGGUAGUGGAAAUGUUCAACUUUCGACAGAAGUGGCUGUUGAGGCUAAUACUCAAACUCAGAAGAGGUGUUUGCAUUCGUCCGAAAAUGCAAGAAUUGAGGUCCAUUUAGAAGAAGGGACUAAAAUGGCUAAAGGGAAAAGCGCAGACGAUGAUCAAGAUGAAGAUGAGGAGGACGAGGAUGAAGAUGAGGAGGAGGACGACGAUGAGGAGGUGAGUGGUGCAAGAGGAAGACAUGAACACCAUCAUAACCAUGUCAACGAAUACGACGAUGACAUGGAUGAAAGAUCAAGAAAGAGGCAACGAAAUUCGGGUUCUUUAUCACCAAUGGUACAACAAUUGAGUAGUGAAUUAGCUAAUGUAAUUCAAGAUGGAGGGAGGAGUUCAGUUGAGAAGAGACAAUGGUUGAAAACUAGAAUGGUACAAUUGGAGGAACAACAUGUUGGCUAUUUAUGUCAAGCAUUUGAGCUACAAAAGCAAAGGUUGAAAUGGGAGAAAUUUACAAGUAAAAAGGAAAGGGAAAUGGAAAAGGAGAAGCUUAUAAAUGAGAGGAAAAAAUUGGAGAAUGAAAGAAUGGUGCUUUUACUUAGGAAAAAAGAGCUUGAGCUUCUUGAUUUUCAUCAGAAUCAUAAUAGAAAUGGUGACCCUUCUUCUGUAACAGGAUGAAAAAGUGUAACAAUAUUAGCAGCAGCAGAUUAGAUACAAUGUGUAGAUAAAUAUUUGCUUUUGCCUUUUCUUUUUCUUUCUAAAUUUUAAUCUUGAAUCAAGUUUUUGAUGUAAAAUCUAAGUUUGAAGAAAACUUGAAUCUAGCUUCUACAUAGUCUUGAAAUAUCAAGUUCCUAGUCUGUUCUGUUUU